AUGGCCGACAGCUUCACAGACGACACAGCUGAUCCCCCCGCCAAUCCGGGCGGCGAUGUCGAGAUGGGCGAAGGGGCAGAGGAGGGCAGUGCCGGCGCCAGCGCCAGCGCCAUUGCCAAUGUCAAUCCCAAUGGCUCCGAACUGCUCUUAGCUGAGGUGGGACCCGACGACACUCCAGAAGUGCGAGUCAGCUUCGCGCAGUACCUGACCAGCCCAGUCGUUACUCUGAUAGUCGGGAGCAGCGACGCCGAGACUAUCCUCACUGCCCACCAGGCGCUUCUUACCCAAAGCCCCUUCUUCGCCGAGGCCUGUGCCGAAUUCGCCGACGACGGAAGCCCUCGCCACAUCGACCUUGCGAAUGAAAAUGUCGACGCCGUCGGCUGCGUCCUCGAAUUCCUCUACACCGGCGAGUACUUCCCUAAGAAGGUCCCUGGCCAACGAACUCUGGAGACGGACCCGGCUCUCCCCAAGGUCGACGACACGGGCGACCAGCUCCUGAAGCAUGCGCGCGUAUACACGCUGGCCGAGAAGUUCAGCAUCCCCAACCUGAAGACGCUGGCAUCGAGCAAGAUCCACUGUGUCAACUCGACGGCCAAGGGCGAGAUCGCAUAUGCUCGCUACAUCUACGAGUUCACCUCUGCCCAGGACACCACCAUCCGCGCGCCAGUCGCCAACUUCUGGGCCACCCGCAGCCACACGCUGCGCUCCGAGGCAGAGGAAGAAUUCCGCAGCCUCUGCCUGGAGUUCCCACAAUUCGGUUACGAUGUGCUCACCCGUGUCCUCGACGAGAAACUCAAACGCGAACGAAACGAGAAGCUCCAUCCUACCUCAGCCAGCGCGCGGAAGAGGCCCCGGCAGAGCCUCGCUGCAUAG